ACUGAGUUCCAAGGCCCAAAGGCUUGUGGGCAGGGGUGCUGGCCCAUCUCCAACCCAAGGACUGAAGAGCUCCUGAAAAGGACACGUUGUAUCGAGGACCCGAGACACUCCAAUUGCUGACCCCCAAGGCCAGGACAAGGGGCAGGAGGUGUUCCAGGAGGUCACACUCGGCCAUCCAGGAGGUCAAGGAAGGCCCCGGCCUGGCUUGGGUGCUAUCCACGCCGCCAGGCCACCAUGGUCCUUGGCUGGCCACUGCUUCUGGCGUUGGUUCUUUGCCCAGGUGCGACAGGCAUCAAGGACUGCGUCUUCUGCGAGCUGACUGACUCCGCUCGGUGCCCGGGCACACACAUGCGCUGUGGGGAUGACGAAGAUUGCUUCAUAGGCCACGGAGUAGCCCAGGGUGUGGGACCCAUCAUCAACAAAGGCUGCGUGCACUCCACCAGCUGUGGUCGCGAGGAGCCCAUCAGCUACAUGGGCCUCACCUACAGCCUCACCACCACCUGCUGUUCUGGUCACCUCUGCAAUAGGGGCGCUGGCCUUUCCACAGGGGCUACCAGCCUGUCAGUGGGUCUGCAGCUGCUCCUGGGCCUGUUGCUGCUGCUUCAAUACUGGCCGUGAUCCACAAGAACUGCAGGGCCUAGGGCUGUGCCCUGGGCCUCCGCCUUCAUCCCUUUCCCCCAUUAAAUGGCCAGAGGCGCAGUCUA